CUUAGAAUCGCUUAUUACAUAUUUCUGUAAUAUUAUAAUUAAUAUAAAAUGAACAUAAAUAAGAACUAAUAGAAAACAAGAAGUUAAAAUUUCUUUAUUAUAUAAUUUCCUUCGUCAUAUCAUUUGAAUAUCUUAUUUAUAUUUAACUAAACUUACUGAGUAAAAAUUUAUCUAACAAUGUCAGCACCAGAAAAGAAUAAUGAAGAGACGAAUGAAAAUAAAAACCAGAGCACUCUGGAACCAGCUCAAGAAGAUAAUACAGAAGCUAAUGAAUACCGAAACAAUCUUGAUAAAGUUCAAAGAGAUAAUCCUGCGGAUACAACAGUAUACGACAACGACAAUUACGAUGUUGCUUCUGUGUACACAUUGAAAGGGGAAUUAUCACAAUACAUCGACAGAAGUGAAAGUUCACUGUACCAUGAAUAUUACCCAGGAAUUGAAUCUGUACAAUAUAAUUACAUACUUGAAAGGCAAAAUCCGUAUUCGACUAAUUUUCUAGAGUCUAUGAGUCAUCUAAUCAAAAGCUGCUUAGGUGCUGGUAUCCUGGGCAUGCAUGAAGGUUUUAUGUAUGCUGGAAUUUGGACGUCCUUAGUCACAGUUUUCAUUCUUGGAUUAUUUAUACCUUAUAGCAUGCUAAUGUUGGUGACUUGUGCUCAAAAGAUGUACGUAAAAAUUCGUGUACCAAAACUUACAUAUGCUGAUUUAGCUGAGGCAGCUAUAGCUACUGGACCACUUAAACCUUGCAGGCGACUUAGCAAAACGUUCAGGUAUAUAGUGGAUUUUUGCCUUUUCUUGCAAUUAUGUGGAACUUGUUGCAUUUAUGAAAUCAUGAUAGCCGAUACUCUUAAACAGGUAAUUGAGACAGCAUCGAAACAAAAUUUUUCAUUAAGAAUUUACAUCGUCAUAUCCAUGAUACCCCUACUGGUUUUAACUUUAAUUAGGAGUUUGAAAUAUUUGGCACCGUUUGCUUUGGUCGCUGAUUUGUUUGUUGCGGUAUGCAUAAUAACGACUAUGUACUACAGUAUAGCAGUUGCAAGUGACAUAAGAGAUCGACCAGCUUGGAAAAAUUUUCACGGUUUGAUCGAAUUUUGCGGAGUUUGUAUUUACAGCAUGGAUGGAAUACCAAUAGUACUGGCGGUGGAAAAUAAUAUGAACACACCUCAGUACAUUAAGCAUGUUAUAUUGUACGGCAUGACAAUUGUGGUUAUCGCUGUAACAAUUACAGGAUUCUUUGGAUACUGGGCGUGGGGGGAGUCAUGUCGUACCCCCAUAACUACCCACAUGCCAAUGGAAAUGCUUCCAAUCAUACUUAGAUUUUUACUGGUAGGAAUGUUGGCUGUGACUUUUGCUGUGCAAUUCUGGGUUCCAUUUCGAACAGUAUGGCAUUACAUUGGAAAGAACUGCCUAAGGAAACGUGCCUGUUGGGAGAGAUUUUAUAGAUUGUUGCAAGUAGUUGCAAUCACAGCUGUUGCUCUAAUAUUUCCAAAUAUGAUUAAACUAAUGAUUUUUAUGGGUGAUUUCUUUCUGGCGUUCAUCACUUUUAUAUUUCCAGCGCUUAUAAACAUAAAUGUGACUUGGAACGAACACAAACCUAGGACUAUUAGAUGGAGUUGCAUAAAGGAUGUGGCCAUAAUACUGUUUGGUGUUGUUUUGUGUGUCGGCUCAUUAUAUUCAUUAUUUGAUUAAAUUGGACUCCAUUAAAUGAUAACACUGCAUGUUUUAUGGUAUGGUGUAGAUGGCAGGUCUCUAAAUCUAUAAAAAAAAAUGCAACAUACGAUUUUUUUAUUAUUAUUACAUCACUCUGAGAAAAUGGGGGGAAAGGGAUUGUUAGUAAUGGAGACUAAGAAUUUCAUUGCUAGCAAUAUACCUAACCACCUCCACGUGGUUCCCCCUGGAAACUAUCAUGGUUAAUUCCUGAUGAAUUCAUCAUGACAGGCUAACUGGCCUGUUUUCACUUUCAUCGAUCACCCUUCAUUGGUGUUCCGCCAGUGUAUCCCGUUAGCGCUGACGGGGUUGCCGUUGCAUUUUCACCUAUCAAUAAAAAACUUUUUUUUUUAUACAACUUAGAAUGGUAAGCAAACUGACGGCCCACCUGACGAAAAGUGGUAACUGUCGCCUAUAGACAUGAGCAGUACCAUGAACAUAACUGAGUAUACUGUUUCGCCCAUGAUAUUUAUUGGGUACCUCUGUCCCAUUCUUGUUUCUACCGUGAAGCAGUUGUGUUUGUGGCUGGCUGUGUUUCGGUUUGAAGGAUGGGAUAUGGCGUGAAUUUACAGGGUACAGAGGAAUAACAUCUGAAUCCUCAAGAAUGGCAACGUAUGGGGGAUAUCAUGGGCGAAACAGUAUACUCUGUAAUGUCCAUAGUACUGCUUAUGUCUAUAAGUGCCGGUUACCACUUUCCAACUGGUGGGCCGUCAGCUUGUUUUCCAUUAUAAGUUGCAUAAAAAUAUACCUCCUCCUUUUUAAGUCGGUUAAAAAAUAAAAAGAAAUUAGAGUAGUCUGUCA